AUUUGCAAGUGGUUAUGGAAACACAGUAAUCCUAAAAGUUGGGAAAGGUCUUGAGAAUCUAGCUGGUGGUGAGCGAGUACAAGGGAGAGCGGUUGAGGUAGUUGCGUGUUGAUGACGACCCAGAAUCAAGCAUUGGUGCAACACCAGACACCCAAUACCUAAACAGUUUUAAAGAUGCAUGAAUGAAUAUGUGUGGGAUGUGUGAUCGCAAAACAAAUGCCCACCCAUCAAAUGGCAUCUCAAAGCGCAUUAAUUGGAAGUAAAUUUUACGCAAGAACUGGGCCUAGGAGGGGGGUGGAUGCGGCCCCAUUCUUGCUUAGCCGCCCACUCCACUAGAGCUCUACCCUUCGCCCUUUUGACCACAGUCAGAAUCUCUUUAAAAGGUUUGGACACCGUUUUGCCCUAAAUUCGGAAGAUUCUUUCUGCCAGAGACAUGACGAAGGCGUUGCACCUCGCCAUUCUCUCGGCCGCAUGCACCUUCUUCUCCGGAUUCCAAAACGUUGCCAUUUGUUCUUGGCUCCAGCCAUUUCUCCUCUUGCAUUUCUUCCUCAAGUCAGGGAUUUCGCGCAAUUCUUGCUCAUGGCGCUCCGCGGCGCUCACAAUUCUCCUGGCGCUCCUCCUCCAGACCACCGCCGCGAGCCUGGCGUUCCUGGCAUUCUUCCCGGGAAAGGUGAGACCGGACAGCUCCACGGCCAGCAGCGUGCCAAUUGUGGGAAUAAUCUGGGCACUGGCGCUGUGGGUGUUUCUUCUCCUCCCAUUCCUUGCAAGCAUCGGCUACAGGAAGCGUUUUGAUCGAGCAAGAACGUCCCAGCCGCUGGUAUUCGCGUCGAUCUGGACCACGGCGUGGUUCCUGUGGAACCGAUUCGGCGGCGUCGGAGCCCUCCUCCAUCCCGCCGUGUCGCAGGUGACAAUCUUGCCCCUGGUGAUGAGCGCGGGCGUGUGGGGGAUGGAUGGGAUCGCAUUCCUCAUGGCGUGGUUCUCGGCGAUUCUCCACGACAGGACCGUUCUCGACGAGUCUCUUCCCAAGAUGGACAAAUCCGACAAGAAGCGUGCUACGCAGCUGCAUCGCGGCCACUCCCUGGCGUUUGGAGCCAUUGCCCUCUCGACCUUGUUCUACGGCAGCGCCAGGGUCUCGGUCUUCUCGGGCGAUUUCUUCCAGAAGGACAUCGCCCUCACGAUGAAGAAAACAGUGCCGGUCUCUUGCGUCCUGGGCAAGCUCCUCGUCUACGAGGACAUGGAUGUGAUGCUCAACCGGACGAACCAGCGCCUCCGAGCCGGCGAUCGACUGGUGCUCUGGUCCGAGGCUGCUGUGAAACUCCACCUCAAACAGGAGAGGGAUUCUCUCCAAUUCAAAGCCGGACAGAUCGCUUCCCAGCACGGCGCCUACGUUGGCAUCACUUACGAGUACAACGACGCGAGCACUGGAAGAGUCGGGAACUAUUUCGACCUCGUUCUUCCCGAUGGCUCCAUUGGUUUUAGCUACAGGAAAGCCCACUUGGUUCCAUUCGCGGAGUCGUAUGUCACUCCGGGGGAUCCCAUUCUUCCUGCCAUCGACACCGAGCUCGGCCGGAUUGGAGGAGCGAUUUGCUUCGACUUCGAGUUUCCAGACCUGAUGCGCCAGGCCGGGGAAAAGAGGAUUGAUAUCAUGCUCCAACCAGCCGAGACUUGGGGAGCAACCGGCCCCCGGGUGAAAGAGGCCGAUGCCUUCCGUGUCGUGGAGAACGGCUUUAGCUGGUUCCGAUGCUCCACGGGAGGCGUUUCAGGGGUUGUCGAUCCGUAUCUCCAGACAUUCGACUACAGGGAGGGUAUCUCCGACUCGGUCUUCGCCAUGGCGCUCCCAAUACUUGGGAAGGCGUGGACGCUUUACCCCAGCUAUGGCUGCCUUUUCGCGUGGCUAGUGGCAGCGCUCGCUGCGGUACACGUCUCCAUGCUCUGCCUCCCUCUUGGAGCAGUGAUGUACAUCCUUGACAAGUCCCCGCCCGCCUUUGUGUUUUACAUCACUGGUGACCGAUCGUUCAAGGAGUUUGAGAAGUCGGAGCUAAGUUGCGUGCUGCUGGGCGAGUGAUAGCGAUCGCUAUCCAUCGUGCACACGCUGCCGACGCUAAUACAUGCGACCUUAAGAUUCCUGUGACGCAGGCAGUGGAGCCCAAUGCGUGGGCCAAUGUAUAUAAAGCACCGGUAAUACGAGGGGACCGACACAUUAGAGAA